CGCAGACCGGGAGGAUAGUACAUCGUGGACCCAGUGCCUCACGAGCACGUCACGAUUUUUUUCUAACCGUGCAUGUAGUCCCGGUACCCGUCGAUCGACGUUCAGUCCGCUGGGAACCCCUCGAAGCCAAGAUCGCUCAGGAACAUCGCGACGAUUUAAGGCGAGACUGUGGUCCAAGUUCCCGAGGAGUGUCAACAGGAAUUCGUACCGUGUUACGCUCGGUCAUUUAACUGACAUUUGUACAUUUCACGCGUUUGCUCAGUGCACAGAUGUUAAAGGACUGAAUCGUACGAGAUAUCUUCAGUAAGAAGUUGCUUCGCGAGUUUUCUGUAGAAGGACUGGAACGGUGGCCGCGCGAUUUUCGUAACACGCCGAGUGGAAUUCGCUUGUCGCACACAGCACCGUGAUAAAUCUCUCGUGCGCGCACGGUUCGUUCUGGACUUUCUUCACACGGAAAAGAUUGAACCAAGUGCCGCACGAUGAAGGACUACUUCAAGAGGAUAUGCAGCCGAUUCACCGGGCGACGAUACUCGAGCGUCAGCGUCAAUCAGAAUCAAAGCGACUCGAGUGAAUCCGAGGAGAUGACGAUAGCCGAGAAGACGAGCAACCUGAGGAGAAAGUCUUCGAUCGUCGUGAAUCGUUUCUUUAAUGAACUGCCGAUGCAUGUGGACACGAGGCCGAAAUGCUCGAGAAGUAUUUUCAUACUGAUGACUCUGGGCUUCCUAAGCCUCACGACCGGUUGCAUCCUCUUCUUUUUUCAACCAUACGAGCUACUUUUCAAGUUGAAAGUGAUGUUCGGCCCGGGCGGGGAGAUAUUCGAAAUGUGGCGGAAACCAGACGUCGAGCUCUACCUGAAGGUCUACUUGUUCAACGUGACGAAUCCUGAGGAGUAUCUGUCAGGCAAGGAGAGCAAGCUGCGAUUUCAGGAAGUCGGGCCUUACGUCUACAAGGAAGCUUUCGAACACAAAGACGUCCACUUCAACGACAACGGCACUGUGACGGCAAUUCUACAUCAUCCGUUGACUUACAUACCGGAAAUGAGUAAUGGCACUGAAGAAGAUGAAGUGGUGAUGCCGCACAUUGCGUUACUGAGCAUCACAAAUGUGAUGAGGGAUGCUGCGUAUUUUACUAGAUUGGGAUUGAACUUGUUAAUUCGCAAUACGGAUACGCAACCUCUAGCCAGAAUGACCGCCAGGGAGUUUAUGUUCGGCUACGAGUCUACUCUUGUUACUCUUGGUAACAAAAUGUGGCCAUCCUGGAUCAAAUUUGAUAAAGUAGGCCUCAUCGACAGAAUGUACGAUUUUGACGGCGAGUACGAAAAUGUUUAUACCGGAGAGAACGAUAUUCGUAUGACAGGGCUAAUCGAAAAGUAUAAAGGUGACGAGAAUUUGCCACAAUGGACGGGAAAGUGUGCAAACGUGAAGGGAGCCAGCGAUGGAGUGAAAUUCCCGAGUUACAUUGAACCCAAUGAUACUAUAUUAUUCUUCAGGAAAAGUCUCUGUCGCAGCGCUUCCAUGACUCGAAUUGGAGAAAAAGUGAUAACAGGUUUAGAAACGUACAAAUAUAAAUUCAUUGAAAACAUUCUGGAUAACGGAGCUUAUAAUCCGGAAAAUAAAUGUUUCUGUCGGCAUGGAGUUUGUUUGCCGCCUGGUUUAAUUGAUGUGACCGAUUGCUAUUACGGCUUUCCAAUUGCGCUUUCGUAUCCACACUUCUACAAGGGUGACCCAAGCCUCCUGGAAGCUGUCGAAGGUUUAAAUCCAGCAGCCGAUCUUCACGAGUCGUAUGCAUACAUUCAGCCAAAAUCAGGGCUCCCGGUGAAACUUGCAUUCCGAUUUCAAAUCAACAUGGUCCUGCGCGAUAUCGAGCACAUGGCUCGAGUAGAAAAAUUCGGGAACUUGGUCUUGCCGAUGCUGUGGUUCGAAAUUGGAAUGUAUGAACUGCCGACAUCAAUGGUUGUUCGAUUCUGGCUUUAUUUAAACGCACUACCCGUCGCCGAAAAUAUCUUGUCUUAUAUUUUGCUGCUCACUGGCCUCGUAUUGAUACUUCUGAGCAUCCACAGGCUCUUCUUAUACAAUCCAAAAAAACUGAUGUCAUCUCGGAAGUGGUUAGAUUCGGAAAUGAAAAAUCAAACGUUACAAUUCCUGGAUAGACGGAUGUCGAAAGUCAAAGAGAUGGACACUUAUUACAGUUCGCUGCUUGAGCCAAAGCAUGGGAACAACACGGCAACGGGAGAGUCGCAAGAUGUAUCAUUGAAAGAGGAUAUCGUAUGAUCUGUAAUAUAAUAAUAGAACUCUACACAGAGGCUGUUAUCCACAUAAAUGCGGACAAAUAGAGCUUGUACCACUUAGAUUUCGAGACACAUCACAAUUUCGAUUUUAUCGAAGAACCCAUGUUCGUAUCGAAGAAAGAAAAGAUCAAUGCUUUCGCAUUUGGAAAAAAGCUUAUCUUUUAAUUUCAUAUGCAUAUUGCAUACGUGUAUAUAUUCUAAAAAUUAUGAACUAUAAGUUCUACUGAAAUUCCGUUUUAAUACUUGAUGUAUAAAGGUGGUCCCAAUAUUGCAAUUAAAUUAAUAUUUUCUAAAAUACUUCGAUUUCUUUUGCUGAGUAAAACGUUAAAUGAUGUUGCUUACAUUUUUUCAGUUAUAUUCUACAGUGUGUCCUAGAAAAAGUGUUAGAACCGAAAAGGGGUGGCUUCGGCCGUGGCUUAGCGCGGGUUUCACACGUGCUCUUACUGGUCAGUAUUUUUCGUUAAUAAUUUAAAAAACAUGUCUCACUUUGCAUUUUAGCAAAAGAAAUUGUUGUUCAGAAACACUUACAGAAUCACCUCUCUUCUGCUCUAACACUUUUCUGGGAUUCCCUGUAUAAUUGUAAGAUAUAGGAAUAACGCGCCAAGCGCAAGUGACUCACCUUUAUACACUCAUGGUACCGAAAAAAACGUUUACACAGUAAGAGUUAAUUAUGAAACAAGUAAUUAUUUACGCUUGGUGUUUGUUUUAGUACAAUAAUCACAUGGUGAAUAAUAUUUUUCUCUAUUAUAAGCUGAUUAAACCAGAAUGAUCAAGGGUCAAUACGAACGGUGCAAAUUCAAAGAAAAUUAAUUACUUCAACAUAUACCCAUUCGUUUAAAUUAUCUCUCUUAUGCAGAAAUAAUUAUUUUAAAAUUUGAACAAGACUGAUAUAGAUUGGUUAUAGUAAUUAAGUGAAUUAUGAAAAAUGAAAGAAGGAUUUAAAUGUUACAAAUACAGUUUUUAGUUGCACCGUUGUAAAUGAAAUUAAAAAGUAAAUCAAAA